CUGUAUACUUUUCUCCUCUUUGUACACAUUUUUUCUACUAUAUCAGUUUAUUUCUUAAUAUUCUUAAAUAAUAUGUGAAAUAUCUUGUUCUCUCUUUCAUAUUUUCUGCCUUUUCUACAUCUUGACAUUAUGUGUUAUGUGUCUCUCCGUGUUUCAUGCAAAUAACAAACGUUUCUACUCCAGAGUGAUUUCUCUCCCAGAGGGAAACGACCUAGAUUGUUGCACAGAUACACUAACUGCAGCUGUCAGAAUGAGAGACUCUCUACUGGAGAAAAGAUGCACAGAAUGAGUUAACCCGUUCAUCUGCGCGCACUGAACCGAGCGCUGCAUCUCGAGCCCCGGUCCGGUGAUCAUGUCUGCUAAUGGAACCGAGGUAACGCUUACCGACAGCACAGAGAUGGAGCAAAGAAGGUUGGAGAGCAGUACUAUGAAGACUGACUUGGAGACAGGGAGUUGCAGCGCUGCAAUCCACUGUCAUGAUGUGUGUCGCUCAUAUGGGAAACUUAAAGUCCUCAACAGUCUCAACCUGACAGUACCUCAAGGCCAAAUUUAUGGGCUGCUGGGACCGAGUGGCUGUGGGAAGACUACGCUGUUGAAAUGCAUUGUGGGAACUCUGAAGAUCUCUCAUGGUCAUAUCACGGUGCUGGGGAAACCACCAGCUUUCCCAGGACAUGAAGUCCCAGGAAGGAUGGUGGGAUACAUGCCACAGGACAUUGCUCUGUACAAUGAGUUCACUAUCAGCAACACACUAUGGUUUUACGGUCGAAUUCACGGCCUUUCAUCUAAAGACACAGAGGCCAGGAUUAAUUUCCUCAUCGACUUCCUAGACCUGCCGCAGAAAAACAGCCUUGUGAGAAAUCUCAGUGGAGGCCAGCGCCGACGUGUUUCUCUCGGAGCUGCUUUGCUUCAGAACCCACAGCUUCUGAUCCUGGAUGAGCCCACUGUGGGAGUGGACCCUGUUCUGCGCUCCAAGAUAUGGCAGCACCUGGUAGACAUUGUAAGAGGAGGACAGGUGUCCGUCAUUAUUACAACGCAUUACAUUGAGGAGGCCAGACAAGCCAAUACGGUGGGCUUGAUGAGGAAUGGUCGAUUGUUAGCUGAAGGUCCCCCAGAUGCUGUUAUGAAGCAACACAAUGCAGCAACUUUAGAGAGUGCGUUCUUGCAACUUUGUGAGGACUUUGAUCAGAUGGGCACCAAACAGAGUCCGCAGGGUCAUCUACUGGACAGCAGCCCAUCUCCAGACAGUAUGAGAGAUGAGAGCAGAGAGCCCAUACUGAGAAACAGCACACCAGAAAACAUACCUAAAUAUAAAGCUGACUGGAAAGUGCGAGCCAGACACAUCAUACCAAAAUGGCGCAACAUUGCAGCGUUGAUGAUCAAGACGAUGGUUCGAAUGAGAAGAAUGCCAGGGUCCCUCUGUUUCCAGUUCCUUUUGCCUGUAAUUCAGAUCUGUCUGAUGUGCCUGUGUAUUGGUGGAGACCCCAAAGGCAUUGACGUGGCUGUGGUCAAUAAUGAAACUAGUCCCAGUGCCUACAGUAGAACAUUGCUGUCCUUCCUUGACAACACAAGUGUCCACCAGGUGAACUUGUCUCAUUCUAAAGCUUUUGCUGGUAUCCAUAAUGGGGAGUACUGGGGCGUCAUAGAGUUUGGGGAGAAUUUCACCAGCUAUCUAACCAAAAGGAUGUGGCAGCCCAGAGUCUCCAAAGAUGUGGUUGAGGGAGGAUCUGUGCAUGUUUGGCUGGAUCUGACCAACCGACAGGUUGCCCUAAUGCUACAGAAAAAACUCCAUGAGGCAUUUGAGGCUUUUAUUGAGGCCAAGCUGGGGAGUUUGUCUUACAUGGUGGCUGUCCCUAUAAAAUUUGAAAAACCUAUAUAUGGCAGCGAGAACACAGAUUUCACAACGUUUGUGACGCCAGGAGCCGUUUUGAGCAUCACAUUUUACUUGGCAGUGGGGUUGACCGCUCUGUCCUUUGUGUUGGAGAGAAAGGAGGGGCUGCUGGACAGGUGCUGGGUGGCAGGUGUAAGUUCUCUGGAGACCAUGUUGGCUCACCUCUUCUCACAGCUGUUUGUCAUCAGUGUUCAGAUAAUCCUUCUGCUGAUCUUCAUCCUGCUGGUCUUCAAAAUCCCUAAUGAAGGAUCUCUGGCUUUGGUGAUCUCAUUGAUCGUGCUGCAGGGAGUGACCGGAAUCUCCUUCGGGCUAGUCAUCUCCUCUGCUAUCGAUGACGAGCAGUCAGCCAAUCAAGCGGCUCUUGGAAUCUUCUACCCCAACCUCAUCAUUAGCGGCGUUAUCUGGCCGGUUGAGUGUAUCCCGUAUCCUCUGCGUUAUUUGAGUCUAGUCCUGCCCCAGACCUAUGCAUCUGAAGCCCUGCGCUGCAUCAUGUACAGAGGCUGGGGUCUGUCCCGUAUGAUGGUUUGGCGAGGCUUUGCAGUCACUCUGGGCUGGAACACAUUCUUCCUUAUGCUAGCAACGGUCAUUCUCAAGCUGAGAACAUGAGAGGCUCUACCUGAGGAAAGGUGCUUCAGAUUGGGUAUAGUGGUGUCCGGCACGGACAAAAAAUGAUUGACAUGUGGAAUUGCCAAUCUGAGCCUCUCUCUCUUUUAAUAUGCCAUUCACCCUAAAGGACUCUAGGACCACCAGCGUGAAACUCAGGGCAUUUCUCAACCUGAUAAGAGAACAAUUCAACAAACUAUUCCAGCUUCUGUCAAGUUUACCAUCCUCUGUUGACAAUGUGACGUUUCACAUGGGCUUCAGUCAUUUUAAACAUCCAUCAAAGAAGAAAGAAAAGUGUUGAAGCCUGCUGUUGGAACUUUCCAUACUCUCUUCUUUUUCCCCCUGGAUUAUAUAAUGCAUCCUGAAUUCACUGACUAGGUUCUGCAUGCCUGAGUUUCUUAGGGUGCAUCUCAAUCAGCUCCCUAGUUCAAUAGUCAAGGCACUGAUCAGGGAGUCGGCCAUUUUAAGGACUGUCUCAAGCAUUCGCUCCCCAGAAAGUCCCACAUUGCUCAGUGAAAACCAGGGACGUGUCACUAUGUUCCCUUACUGGAAAUAGAGCCACGAGUGUCCAAAUUUGUAGUGAGUCAGGGUCCUUACCAGUGCCUGAAUUUGUGCACACGAUAAACUGAUUCAUGCCCUAGGGAGCUGAUCGAGACGCACCCUUAGUGUGUGCUCCAUAUGCCGUUUCUGUGCCAGUAAACCUUAGAUUGGAUACAACCAGAUAUCUAAAUUUCUUUGGUGAAGCCUACAAUGUUGCCCACCCUCAUACCCCCUCAUCCUAAACAGAAAGAACACUGCUUAGCGAGGAUUCUUUUCUGGGCACAGUUCACCCUUUGCAUAGUACUGUUUUUGAUUUUCCAAAUUGCUGCUUGUUCAUUGUUUUGUUUUUUAUUAAUGAAAAAUGUUUUUAGAUUAGCAGCCUGGGUGUUAAUUUAUCAAGUGCCAUAAAGAAAAUGAAGGAAGAACAACAAUGUUUACAUUUGAGCACAUAGCAGGCCAAAGUUAAACCUGCAAGUUGAACUGAAAAGACAAGUUUAGUCUCGUAUUUUAGUGCAUAAUAUAUUUGAACGACAGCAUAAGCUGCAUUACAAUGUAAGCCAUAUGCUGAGUUACUCGGAAUGGUGAGAAUAGUUUGAUGAAUAUUUUAGUGUGCAAUAUUUGAGAAGGAGAAUGCAUAAAGAAUAUUUUAAAUGAUUGGUUUUGGGUAUAAAUAUUAGGUGUGUGUGUAUCACUGUUCUUCUAAUACAGAGGUGUCCAAUCCUGCUCCUGGAGGGCCACUGUCCUGCAGAGUUUAGCUCUAACCCCAAAUAAACACACAGCUAACAAAGGUCUAAUUAGGCAUACUAGAAAGUCAGGUGUGUUGACUAAACUUUGCUGGACACUGGUCCUCCAGGACUGAGUUUGGACACCCCUGUUCUAAGACAACCAAUUUGUUAUAUGUUUUCAUACGUUUUCCUCUUUACCUUUGAAUCUUGAAGUUCAUCUUUAAGAUACUUGAUUUAUACCUUUAACUUCAUUAACCAGCUCCAGGUUAUGGCUUUGUUUAAGUCUCUAAACCACAGUCAGACUGAAUCUGCUUAACUGAACUGAAAGACUUUGCAAAGAAAUUGUUAGUGUUUAUUUAAAGCAACCUUUAAAUUUGGUUCCUCAUCAUAUCAGAUAAUUAUUUUGAAUGCAAAUUAAACAGGAAAAUGCUACUGUUUAAAAUUGUGCAAAUAUUUAAAAAUGUUGGAACAUUGUUAUCCCUCACUGUAGUAAUAAUGACGCCCACAAUAAAGGCUGGAAUUUCAUAUGUUUUGAUAGAACGUAGACUGACAGUUGAUUUUAGGACUAGAGCCUUGUUGCUUCUGGAUUUUCUGUGUCUGGCUCCGGUUGAGGCUUAGAGACAAAUGUUUGGCAAAGGUUUGUUAAGUUCUGUGCCAUUUUGAAAGGCCAUUGUGUCACUUCUAUACACACACAAGACCAUUAUUUGCUACCUCUUGAAUUGUUGCAUAAAAAGCCCUUAUAUGUGUGCACAUUCACAUGCUCUUGGUGUAAAAUGAUCUUUAUGGAAUUAAUGAUUUCUUUUUCAACAAUAAACCUUUUUAAUGAGA